UUUUAAUUUCGCAAUAUUGUUUCGAACACAAACGAAGCUCGUGCAGGUGACGCAAUCGUCGUCACGGUCAUUUCGGACUGUUCUAGAAAAUUUCGAAGACGCAAUCGGAACGAAUAUAUAUUAAAAAAUGCCUCGUCGAGGAAGAUCAGCACCUGUUAGGUCAGCACCCAGGCCAAUGAGUCGAGCUCCAGCUCCUGCCCCCCAACAUCAACCUGUUGCUCAGCCUACUCAACCCACAUCAGUAAUGGCUCAGCCUAAGCAACCAGGUUUGAUGGCUCAAAUGGCUACUACAGCUGCUGGUGUUGCAGUUGGAUCUGCAGUGGGUCAUACUUUAGGACAUGCUCUGACAGGUGGCCUUGGUGGUGGAUCUCAAGAGGCCGCACCUGCACAAGCAGCUCCUGUUCAACAAGAUCAGUUAUCACCAAGCACACCCUGUCAGUUUGAAUUGAAGCAAUUUUUAGAAUGUGCACAAAAUCAUGAUUUAACACUUUGUGAAGGAUUUAAUGAGGCUUUGAAACAAUGCAAAUUAUCAUAUGGUAUUUAAGUAUGAAAUUAUAUUGUUAGAAAGUGCCUCUAGUGUGAAUAGAUCAAAGGUAUAAAUUUAGUUUUUAAAAUUGAACUAGAGUUGUCACAUGAUGAUGUAAGAUUCAUUAACUUGUUAUAAAUAAACUGAAGUUCCAUUUGAACUGUUAA